AUGAGGGAAAGAGAAAGAGAUAGGACAACAGAAAGUCCCCUGAGAUUGUAUCAAAACCACCUCCUCACCUUUCAUGUCUUCACAGUUGAUCUUCCUAGGCUUAACAAGGAAGAAAUAAAGAUUGUGAUUGAUGGUAAUGUUAUUCAGAUCAGUGGAGAAAGAAGAAAAGAGGGAGAGGAGAAGAACAGUUUGUGGCACAAAUUGGAGCAUACCUUUGGAAAUUUCCUCAAUAGGUUUAGAUUACCAGAGAAUAUGAAGAAGGAUCAGGUGAAAGCAAAUAUGCAGAGUGGGGUUCUUACUAUGAUUGUUCCUAAACAAGAGGUGAAGAAGCCUCAAGCUAAGCGCAUUGAAAUCGCUGGUUAA